AUGAAGUUCUCGUCGACUCUUCUUGUCACCCUGGCGGCCGUGUCGGCCGAAGCCCACUAUACCUUCGGUCGCCUCGUGUACGGUGGCACGACCUACCCCGAGUGGCAGCAUGUCCGCAAGACGCUCAACUUCUACUCCAACGGCCCCACCGACGGCGUGUCUUCCACGCAGAUCCGGUGCUACGAGGCCGACGCCAAGGACAGGGGCACCGUCACGACCCUUCCCGUGACCGCCGGGUCGACGAUCGGGUUCGCCGCCAACGGAGUCGUGGGACACCCCGGACCCGCGAGCUUCUACAUGGCGAAGGUGCCGUCGGGCCAGACGGCGGCGACGUGGGACGGUAGCGGGGCCGUGUGGUUCAAGAUCUACCACGAAAGGCCGACGAUCACCAGCAGUGGACUCGAGUGGGCGUCAUUCAACACCCAGGUUCUUUCGACCAAGAUCCCGUCCUGUCUCGCGAACGGAGAGUACCUCGUCCGAGUCGAGCACCUCGCCCUGCACGGCGCCGCGACCGAAGGCGGAGCCCAGUUCUACGUCGCCUGCGCCCAGGUCUCGCUCUCCGGCGGCGGCAGCACCAAGCCGGCCGGCGUGUCGUUCCCCGGAGCGUACAAGUCGACGGACCCGGGCAUCCUCUUCCAGCCGUACUGGCCGACGCCGACCAGCUACACCAACGCGGGCCCCGCUCCGAUCAGCUGUUAA